AUGCAGAGGUUUCUGAAGGUGCGCGCCCUUGACUGCCCCAAGCCACCGAGCGCUGAUGUUCUUGGUCGUUCGCAGGCACUCAAUCCCCCGGUCCUACCCAAGGUCGAGGACCCGUUGCGGUUCGGGAUCUUGGGCGCCGCCCGCAUCGGUCCUGACGCGCUCUUCACUCCCGCCAAGACGCAUCCAGGCGUCGUGGUGACUGCGGUCGCCUGCCGCGACAAGGCGCGCGGCGACAAGUACGCCAACAAACACAAAGUCGAGAAGGUGUUCGCCGGGCAAACCUGCUACCAAGGCAGGUGUCACCUUCUCGACGACAAGGAUGUCGACGCCGUGUACAUUCCUCUACCAAACGGGCUCCAUUUUGAGUGGACUAUGCGCGCGAUCGACGCCGGCAAGCACGUCCUCGUCGAGAAGCCCAUCACGAACACCGCGGACGAAGCGCGCGCAAUAUUCGCUCGGGCAGCGCAGAAAGGCGUCGUUGUGCUCGAGGCCGUGCAUUUCACUUUUCAUCCUGCGACUCAGAGGGUGAGAGAGAUCGUGGCCAGCGGAGAGCUCGGGAAGAUCAAGAGCGCGAAGGCGUGGUUCACAGUACCCACUCUCAUGGGCCCCUUCAUCUGGGAGAAAAACGACAUUCGUUACGACUUUGACCUGGGUGGAGGUUCCACCAUGGAUCAAGGAGUGUAUCCCCUUACCGCCAUCCGAUACUUCACCGGAACGGACGAGGUCCUCCCCGAGGUCACCUUCGCGAAGGCGAUUGGAAUGCCAUCCGACGCAAAGCGCGUCGACCGCGCCAUGCACGCCGCUUUCAAGCUUCCCUCUCCGCUUGGUGCUGAGGCUGCUGGCGAGGCACUGACGGGCGAGACGAUCUGCGACUUCUCGGACCCCGGCUGGGGGCCAUUCGGGCUCUUCCCACACAUGCCCAAGUUCAACGCCGAGGUCACGCUCGAAGGCGGGAAGGUCGAGUACUUCAAUUUCAUAGUUCCCGCGUUGUACCACUCCAUCACUGUGCGCCCGUCAAAAGGGGAGGCGCGGACGGAGCGCGUGUAUGUGAGCAAGGACGGGUAUGGGGAACCUUACUGGAGCACGUACCGCUACCAGCUGGAAGCGUUCGUCGACAAGGUCCGCGGACGGACCCCGCAGUAUUGGCCGACGCCGGAGACGACGAUCACGAAGAUGGAAUGUGUCGAGAUGAUAUAUGAGAAGGCGGAGAUGCCACCUCGCCCUGCGUCGUCCUACAAGGCGCCGUGA